CGAUAUAACUCGGCUGCGCUAAUGAAGAAAAACCCUAGCAGCGGCUAUAGUUCAUCUUCUCUCUCUCGCGGUGUCCUUGCGGCUCUGUGAAGAUGAAGUUCAAUAUAGCGAAUCCGACUACUGGUUGCCAGAAGAAGCUCGAGAUCGAUGAUGAUCAGAAACUCCGGGCUUUCUUUGACAAGAGGAUCUCUCAAGAAGUCAGUGGAGAUGCCUUGGGAGAGGAGUUCAAGGGAUAUGUCUUCAAGAUCAUGGGAGGAUGUGACAAACAGGGUUUCCCAAUGAAACAGGGAGUUCUCACUCCUGGCCGUGUACGUCUCUUGCUUCACCGAGGCACCCCUUGCUUCAGAGGGUACGGUAGGAGAAACGGAGAGCGGAGAAGAAAGUCUGUCCGUGGAUGCAUAGUGAGCCCCGACCUCUCGGUCUUGAACCUUGUUAUUGUGAAAAAGGGUGAGAACGACCUUCCCGGGCUAACCGAUACCGAGAAGCCGAGAAUGAGAGGGCCGAAAAGGGCGUCGAAGAUCCGCAAAUUGUUCAACCUCUCCAAGGAGGACGAUGUCAGGAAAUACGUCAACACAUACCGCCGCACCUUCACAACCAAAACCGGGAAGAAGGUUAGUAAGGCACCCAAGAUACAGCGGCUGGUGACUCCAUUGACGCUGCAGAGGAAGAGGGCGAGAAUUGCGGAGAAGAAGAAGAGAAUCGCAAAGGCCAACUCUGACGCGGCUGAGUAUCAGAAGCUUCUGGCAACCCGUUUGAAGGAGCAGAGAGAGCGUCGCAGUGAGAGUUUGGCCAAGAAAAGGUCGAGGCUCUCUUCUGCUGCCUCCAAGCCUCCUGUUUCUGCUUAAAUUCUCACUUCCUGUUAUGUUUUGUUUUGUGUGGGAGAUUUCAUCUUUUGAGUUGUGUUUCAAAUGACAUGCAGAUAACAUUUUUGAAGGCUGUUUCUUUAUUUGCUA